AUGGAACUGACAUUCUUAGUCGGCUCAGAUGGCGCGAAUGUGAAACGAGGCCAAGCCCGACGUGCGUGCAACUCCUGCCGUCAUAAAAAGAAACGGUGCUAUCAUAAUGAAGACCAGGGUCUCUUCACCCCGGUCCCUUCAAUAGGCAGUUCUGCGAUCUCAAGCAGUCAAAGUCCGCCGCGGAGAUCAAGACGUGAUCCAACAAUCCGGAGUAGAUCUGCAUCUCCUCCUCUCAUACCAACAGGUGGCACAUCACUUCAAGACGUGACAAGUGAAAGCACAUCGCCACUCAAUGUGUCUCGUGAAGGAUUGACGACAGAGACCCAGGAAGAAUCCCGUCGCUUUGCCUGUGAUUCAAAUCCCAUGGCGGCACUUGUUGAGAAAGAAGAAUCGAGGUUGCAUAAAGGCAGAUCCAAACAAGGUGAUGUGGGUGCGUGGUUGUGUCCGGAUGAGUGCUCUAUUGAGCAGCCAGGAUCGGCCUCGAAGUAUGUCCCUCACCCUGGCACAGGACACCACAGGGAGCACCCAAUCAAUGCCGUUGAUACGCAGCAUAUGCCACCCCAAAAGACCCAGGAUCUUUUGCUAGACAUUUACUUCCGACGAGUCCAUCCGAUACUGCCGCUGCUUGAUGAAGAGACGACUCGGAGUCAAUUCCAAGUCGGCAAGCUGCCUGCUUGCCUUAUUCAAGCAAUAUGUCUUGUUGCUGCAAAAGAUCCAACUGCUGCUCACUCUCUAUAUCUAGGUCAUCAUGAAGAGCCGGUUUCUUUCAAGGAAUUCAGCAGCAUCAUCUACAAUGAUCUCUUGCGGAAAAUACCCAGGCGCUCAGAAAGAAAUGUCCUCACAAUCCAGGUUUUGGCUCUGCUAUCGUUACAUGAAUGGGGGGCCACCGGCUCGGAAGACUGCUCCUUGAACCUAGCACAGGCUAUCCAUCAUGCCCAAACCCUGGGGUUUCAUUUAAUGAGACCCGAUCAACACACACUACACUCUUCAAAAGCACUAUUUUGGUGUUUAUGGAGCCUGGAUCGAUGGAACGCUGCCAUGAAUGGAAGGCCGUUGAUGAUACACGACGGAGACCGAGGCCAAGAGGUGAAUGACGUUGUUCCAUCAUUUGAACCGCCGUUCCAGAUCUGGCUUCGGGUUGCCGACAAGUUGGGCGAGGUCAUUCACCGUUACCGACCAACGAAGAAACAUGCAGACCAGGGAGACCUCGAUCUCCCGUCGUUUGAGGAAAUUGUUGAACAGUGUGAGGCUUGGGACAUAGACGCAGAUCACCUUGAUAGUCUUGAUUUCAUUUAUCAUUCCGUUAUAAUUUUGUCGACCCAUUCGAAUGGUUUGCAAGGGCGUCUGCGACCCCGAAUUUCCAACAUCCGACAAGACCAUUCCAUAUUGACUCUUGCAACCCUUAGUUGCGAUCGUGAUAUUGGAAAGUUCCUUCCGCUUCCAAUGAUCGGUUACACUAUAUCGCUUGCCUUCUCGGUCGCAUACAAACAAAUACGAGCAAGCAAGUUACCAUCAGCUCGCCAUACUGCUCUCCCCCGACUUCGUCUUUUUCACCGGUGUCUUCAGAAAUUAAGUACCACAUGGUGGCCGGCUGCUGUGAUGGCUCGCCUGGGCCAUCGGGUGUUGAACAACAUCCAACCCACCAUAGAUCAGGAACGUAACACAGAUCAUGGAAUCGAUAUCACCCGAUUGAACUCUCAGCCUGAAUCGCACCAUCUACCGAACCAUCCAUCCGACUCAAGUCUCAAUCUACCGUCGUACUCUAACUUUGAGUUUGGGGAUCCAUCUGGGCGAACAGAGCCUAGGUCCGACAGUGCACAUCCUCUCAAUGGUAACUAUUUGGGACCAACUCACCUUUCUCAUCUGAAUGAGUUAAACAACGGCCCUUCAUUAUCAGCAGAGUUGGAGGAGUUUGAUCUCUUCUUUGGCAAUUUCCCCGAUCUCAAUUUCCCAAGCUGUGCGAACGAUCCGUUGUUGCUAGACCUUGACGUCGGCGACUUUGAUUUUGUCACUGACAGACCCCCAUGA